CCAUUGGCUGCGGCCGCGGGAAGAUAAAAACCAGCGUCCAGGGCACCGGGAGUUAACUAUUCGAACCGGACCGGCGAACACCACCCAGCUCCACCCUAGCUUCACCGAUCGAUUGCUGCGAGCAGGAUCUCUGGGAGGGCCGGGGCGGGACCAUGGAGGACGGAUUCAUGUAUGAAGAUUACGAGAACACGGCACAAUGGCUUCUCUCUCAUACCAAGCACCGGCCCGAAGUAGCAGUGAUCUGUGGUUCUGGGUUAGGAGGUCUGGCUGACCAAUUAACUCAGGCCCAGGCCUUUGACUACAGCGACAUACCCAAAUUUCCCCGAAGCACAGUACCAGGUCAUGCUGGUCGACUGGUGUUUGGAUUCCUGAAUGGCAAGGCCUGCGUGAUGAUGCAGGGCAGAUUCCACAUGUAUGAAGGAUACUCACUCUGGCAGGUGACAUUCCCUGUGAGGGUUUUCCGCCUUCUGGGAGUGAAUACACUGGUCGUCACCAAUGCAGCUGGAGGGCUCAACCCCAAGUUUGAGGUUGGAGACAUCAUGCUGAUCCGUGAUCAUAUCAACCUACCUGGUUUCUCUGGUCAGAACCCUCUCAAAGGGCCCAAUGAUGAAAGAUUUGGAGAUCGUUUCCCUGCCAUGUCUGAUGCUUAUGACCGGAAUAUGAGGCAGAAGGCUUUCAGCGUCUGGAAAGAAAUGGGGGAGAAGCGAGAGCUCCAGGAAGGCACCUAUGUGAUGCUGGCGGGCCCCAAUUUUGAGACUGUGGCAGAGUGUCGCCUGCUGCAGAAGCUGGGAGCAGAUGCUGUUGGCAUGAGCACAGUACCAGAAGUUUUAGUUGCUCGGCACUGUGGACUUCGAGUCUUUGGCUUCUCACUCAUCACUAACAAAGUCAUCACAGAUUAUGAAAGCUUGGAGAAGGCCAACCAUCAGGAAGUUCUGGAGGCCGGGAAACAAGCUGCAAAGAAAUUGGAGCAUUUUGUCUGCCUUCUCAUGGCUAGCAUUCCACACUCUGACAAUGCCUAGUAACCACUCCUGGAGGGGUUGGGUGCCUCCCUGAUGGAAUCCAAGUGGCUACUACCUGCUCUGGCCUCUUGCUGGUGUCACGUGCCUCAAUGCUUAGGUAGCAGAAAGAAAAUGAGCUCUCUGUCUUUCACAUUCCCUACUUUCUCCUACCAGGCAAGUCCUCUUGCUCUGUCAUCUUCUCAAAGCACUUUUUCUACCCUGUUCUGGAAUAACUGGAGCACAGUGCCCUACCACACCUGGGGACAUGCCCGUGAUUCAACACACACCUUUGAACUCCUGACAGUUGCUGUUACUAGCUCUGUGAAAUGACACUCUCAUGUUCUGGGGCUCUGUUCUGCCUCACAGCACUAGAGAGCAAAUAAGGACCAGCUCAUACACCAUAAUACUUUGAGAAUAAAGAGAUGAAAUUAUUUUUUUACUCUUGUGCAACUUGGGAUGAGGCUGGAGCACAGGCCAAGAUUGACACAAAUUGUUGUAAGACCCCAAUCUUCUGUGAGUAUCUCCUUCUCAGACUGAGAUGAGGCAGUGUGUGAGCAUCAAAGAAUGAAGGAAAGGUGGAAUGGUAGAGGAUGUCGCAGCCUUAAUUGCAGCCUUCUUUAUUAAACAUUGUCUAGUCCUUAUCCUUUUCCUUGAAUUCCUUCUCCCCUAGUUUGUAUAUUCUCACAGGAUGGUGCAGCUACCCCUUGUCUGCUUCCAGCCAGCCCACUGCUGACUCCAUUCUUUCCUGCCAGCCCCAGGAAAACCUGUGAAACUGACUCAUACUCAGCGUCUCAUGGAGCACCUGCUUUCCUCCUACUGCUUUUGUAUGAGUUUUGCUCUUUUACUUGGUCAAACCUCACUGUGACUCCAUAUUCAAGCAUACUUGUUUCUUGGCUCACCACAUGCUUUUGCUUAUCAGCUUACAUUCAGCUGCCUGACAUGUUUGGAAAUCACAUUACCCUCCCAGGCCUAUCUACAUUUAAGAAAGGGUCAGGGUGAGAACUCUUUCAAAUUAUCCUGUAUUUAGUAAUUGAUAUAUUUAGAUGAACCCAGCCCAAAGAAAAACUAUCCUGAAGUGGGCAUAUGGCUACCAUUCUUUGUAUCUCUAGAUACCAUUUAACUCUCCUUGGACCCCCAGACAAUCUGCCAGAAAGUGUUACUUGUCUCCAGCUUUGAAGAAAGUACUGUGCUUCCUUAGGAUAUCAUUAUAACUCGUUCAUGUAAUGAGAUGGUUUACAGCUGUUUUAAGCCUUGAAUAUGUCUUCAUACAGUAUUUGGCUAAUAAAAUGCUAAAUGAGAAUAUAAAAA